CCAUUGAUGGUUCGGUUGCUUCAGUAUAAUAAACUGCAGGCUAUUUUUAGCUUCAUAGUGAAAGAUAACAAAUAUUUGCCUUUGUCGUUGUAUCUAACUAUUCAUAUCGCCGUAAUGCAAGUCUAUGUAAUACCGACUACGAAACAAGGUCGAAGCCUGCAUUUAAAAUGAUUCAUUCUUUGUUUUCAUCUUGACUGAGUCACGAGAUGCUAAGAUCACUCACUUGCAAACACACAUAAAUAUAGAAAAAGUUCGCGGUAUAUAAUGUUAAUUUCUCCAUAUACGGAAUUAAGAAAACACGGUUCAUCGAUUUUUUACUCAGUGUGACACAGUUGACUGAAAUCAACACUAUCGAAGCGCGAGCGAUCAGUGACAGUUGGCUUUAUACAUUUGUGCCUUAGUAUCAUCUUGUGCAAUAAAAACAAAAUUUUCUAGAAUCAGCCUGCUUCAACUACGACAACAGCAAUUCGCCGAGAAAUAAAGCCGAAAUGGAGAGUGCAGUAGCAUGGCACAGACCGCUCUCGGCGACCUCCCGACAAGAGGAGGAGCUGAUGAAGAACAGCGAACGCGCGCUCGCCGCCGCCACCGACCCUCUGGAGAAAUUGCGCCUCAUGUGCCUCUCCCGCGGGGCCUCUGGCAUUCUGGGACUUGGAAGGAUUUUCCGAAGAAUGGACGACGACGGCAGCAAGCAGCUAAAUAAGGAAGAAUUCAUAAAUGGAAUCAAAGAUACGGGCCUAGACCUCACCAAGGAGGAGGCGGAGGAUUUAUUCAAGAAGUUCGACUCCGACAACAGUGGCUCUAUCAGUCUUGAUGAAUUCCUCGUGCAUAUUCGUCCUCCAAUGUCGGAGUCGCGACGCAACAUAGUCGAGCAAGCGUUCAAGAAGUUGGACAAGACCGGAGAUGGUGUCAUCACCAUUGACGACAUACGCGGCGUCUACUCAGUCACAGCACAUCCCAGAUACAUGAGCGGUGAAGAGUCUGCUGACGUCAUUCUGAACAAGUACCUGGCCAAUUUCGAGAGUGAUGGAUCUGUAGAUGGAAAGGUAACGCUCGAAGAAUUCAUGAACUACUACAGUGGCAUAAGUGUUUCCAUCGACAACGAUUGCUACUUCGACCUGAUGAUGCGACAAGCCUACAAGCUUUAAAUGUAUACUCGUCUCUCUCCCUCACUACACACAUGCACCUAGAGCGAGAGGGAUCACGAUAUAUCUCAAUGCACCAAAUAUUUUGUAUAACAAGUUUAUUUAAUAAAUUGUCGUGUGUUUUAAGAUUCUACUUAUGUUAAUUUCAUUAAUAAAUUCUAUGGAAUAUAA